AUGCACCGCUCAUAUUGUUCCGCGCUUGCCGGUGUUAUCGACCUGCUGACGGGCGACAAGGCUCGAAGUGCGGUGAGCAUCGAGAACAUCAAGGCAAAGGGUUUGAAGUCGCUCCGUGAUAGCAUGGUCGAGUACAUCUGCAAUCGCGUCGCCGAAAACCGAUCUGCGGCGCCGACUUCUGGAGGCGUUGGAACCGCCGACAGUGCGAUUGAUGACGACGGCGCGGAAAGUCAGACGGCGCCCCAAGCAGCAGCUGCCGCCCAGCACCAGAAUGAGGAAGCGGAGGAUGGCGAUGCGGGUAAUGCUACGAGGUCGGCAGAAGAUGGGGGGAAGGAGAAGGAUGAGGUCGGCGCGGAGGCAACGACGGAACAGGGCCAGGAGGAGGCGGCAUGCGAAGGUGCGAAGGUGUCGGUCGACGCCGGCGAAGGUGCGAACAUCACGGGCAUGCAGGAGACGGAGGAAGCAUCUGGUCGGCAGGGCCAUGAACAGGUCGACGUCGAGGAACUGCUGCGGGAGAACUUCCUGUUGAGGGCGGAGAACGCUCGGCUGAAGGCGUUGCUCGAUGAGGAGCAGGCUCGGCUGGACGGGUUUUUUGGUGGGUUACAUGGACUCGUCGACCACCUGAAAGAGUUGGCCGAACAGAUCGACGACACCGACAAGUUUGCGGCGCAGCAGCUGCGAAACGCGACGGCGGACAUGUCGAAGACCAUCACGGGCAACAUCACCGGCAGCUUCGACGAAGCGUGGAAGACGAUGAAGACAUUCGCGGAACAGGCGUCGGCGUGGUUGGAGGACUUCGACAAUCCGGAGGGUCGUGUGGCAUGUGCACGCGCUGAAGCUGUCGACGCCUUGGCCGAGCACGUGGAUGGGGUGGUGGGCGCUGCGAGGCGGGGUUUGGAGCUGUACAUCACGACGCAACUAUCCGCCGCGCAGGUCAACAUCGCCACCGCUGUGACCUCCAGGCUCCCCGUGCAGCCGCCGCCACCGCCUCAGCCCACGCCGCCCGCCCUCCCGGAAGAGCUCUUGAAGUCGUUCAAGGCCGACAUCAUGAAGACGGUGACGGAGGCCACCCAGCAGUCGUUCGUUGCUUCCGGGAUGAAGAUGUUGACCGAGAUGAUCGGCACUGUGGCGCCUGGUCGACGCGGGUCGUCGCCGUCGGCCAAUGACGCAGAUCAAGCGCAAAGGAGGGCGGCCGACAAGCAGGGCGAGAAGAGGACGGGCGACGGAGACGACAAGGAGAGCGUGAAGCGGAGCAAGGGAUCGGACGGGAGCCGCGGCACGAAGCCUCCUGCUCAGAGCGUGGUCGAGCAGCUAAAGUCGAAGGCGGGGUGGAAGGUGAUAAGGACGUCGAACAGCAAGGGAAGCGGAAGCGGGAAGGCAGAGGGUGGCCCUGCCGACGGGGUUGCCGCUAACGUCGGUGCACCGCCUGGCCCGCCUUUGGUCGCCGAGCAGACCAAACCGCAGGCGACCUCCGGGAAAGGCGUGACCGACAAGGAGGCCCCUACUGCUCAGGCGGCAAACGACGGCGGCGCCGGAACCACCAAGGGACCGUCCGUCGCGGUGGCGGCCAAGGGCAACGCGAAGGCCGCCUCUGCCAAGUCGAUUCCCCGUAAGUCCCCAGCGGCUACCCCCGCGCCGGCCGGCAAGUCAGGCGCCAACAACGAUGGGCCGGCCAUUGCGGCCCCUCCAGCUCCAGCAGCACCAACUGCCGACAAGGGCGACGCGACGGCUGCUGCGGCUAAGCCCGAAGGUCCGUCACCUGCUAAGGUGCCCGCCGGCAGUAACGCGCUCAGGGAGAUGCUCCGCCGCAUGGAUGCGGAUCGCAGGGACGUGCAGCAGCCUCCAGUGGUCGACGCCGCCCUUGCCGAAACAGCACGUCGCUCAGUCACUUCGCAGGUUGUCGGCAAAUCGACCGGUGCCCCACCUGCCGUGCCUCAAGUCGCCGCCCCACCGCCCGCGGAACCCAAAUCCGCGUUUCUUCGCGCCCAUUUAGGCGCACGCAAAGCGGGAGCUCGACAAGUGACUCAGCCGGAACCCGGCAAAAGCGCGACGCCGACGUCGGUAAACGCGACUUCACCCACACCAGGUGCAGCUGUGGUCGCUCGACAAGUGACUCGACAGGAACCCAGCAAAAGCGCGACGCCGACGUCGGUAAACGCGACUUCACCCACACCAGGUGCAGCUGUGGUCGAUGCUGCGGCGGAGAAGGGUGUGAGCGCGGCGCUAGCCACCGGCGGCCGAGCCGACAGGCAUGCCAACCUCGCUGCCGUUCUGGCUCAAUUUGAAGCAGCAAAACGGCCCGAGCAUGCCUCAGCACUGGCCAUCAUGGACACGGCACAUGCGGAACCGUCGGGGACCCACGGUGGGGGUUCGGCGGAGCCGACGGCUGCAACGGCUGCUGUCGCCGAGGGAAAUGCGGGACGGAAGGGUAAGGACGACACCGGGAAAGGGAAGGCGGUCUCGCAGAAGAGCACGCGGGCGAUGUCGGCGGAGAAUGAGAUGUCGGAAGAGAAAGGGAAGAAGCCGGCAUGGAAUCAGGACAAGACGGGCGGCAAGAAGCCGGCGAAGAGGAAGGCGAAGGCGGAAGAGGAGGAGGAGGAGGAGGAGGAGGAGGAGGAGGAGGAGGAGGAGGAGGAGGAGGAGGAGGAGGAGGAGGGGGAGGAGGAGGAAGGGCAUGGACGCCGGGGUCAUGGCAUCCGCCGAGACAGGUCUGGCGACGGGCUUGGGUGGGUGGGCGAGAUCAAGAUUAAGGGCCAGAAUCGGUACAUCGGCAUGUCGCGCGAUAAGAUGGAUCUGGCCUACGAGCACGCGAUUGCGUACUUGCUCUACGACGGCUACGUGAGCAAGGUGCUGACGAAGGAGCUCACCGUCUUGAAGCCGGGGCAGUUGGAUGAAUGGAAGGCGGUAUGGGAGGAGCUCAGGUUCCUGUCGACCGGGAUGUGGACGGUGAUGUGGGCCAGAGGCUUGUGCCAUCCGAGAGCAAGGUUCGACGAUAUACUCGGCAGGUACCGUGGGUACGCGAGCUCGGGUGAUGCGCUUCAUGACGUGCUCUGGCCGGCGAUAUGGUUCGCCAUCAUCGAAGACACAGAGGCAGGCAAGGCGGAGACAACCGCUCUCUUGUCGGCGAUGGUAAAUCGUGUGUCGAUGUGCGCGGCGUAUGAGAAGGUUGCGGCGAGCGUGGCGUUUGGGAAGGUCGACGCGACCGUGGAGGGGAAGGCGGGUGAGAACGCGGAGAUGGAAGGCGCGGAGGGUAAGGCGGACGAGAAGACGGAGAUGGGGGCCCAGGCGUUAGCGGCAUCUGCAUGCGCCCUCUGGUGCUACAUGUCGACGGGUGCGUCGGUGCUCGGUGCUGUGGGCGAAGGGAAGGCGGCCGCGAUGGUGGCAGGUGCAGGGGAGGAGAGGACCGAGCGCUUCAAGAAGGUCAUGCACUUGGUUUUCGACUUUGCAAAAAGUCGGAAGGCUCCCGCGGGGGAGGUUGCACAUAACGUCGCGCCAGAGCUGCAGCGCUAUGGAGUGGCCAGGGCCUUCGAGGCGGGAAUUGAGGAAGUCGAGGCCGACAUGAUCGCAAGAGCGACGGUCGAGACCUUGGCGUUCUGGGGAAUGUGCCCCGUCGCCGGGCCCAAGCUCAAAGCGGAGGGCAUCGAUGUGCCGUGUGACGCGAAGAUGGAGUACGAUUUGGAGAACAGGGGGAGGAAGGGUGAGAAGGUCAAGCAGGGCAAGGGCAGCAAGAGGAAGAAGACGAAGGCGGAGAAGCAGGCGAAGGACAGUACGGAUGCGUAG